AUGCUUGCUAAAAAUCUUAUUAUAUAUAAAUCAGAUCAAAUAAUCUCAAAAAUUGGCAAAGAUCCAAAACUAAUAGCUACCAUUUAUCAAUUCACAGAAACUUUGAAAAAGAAAGGUGUUGAUCUUACUACAGAUACUUUGCCUCCAAAAACUUUUAAUUUAUCUGGAUCCAUCAUUACAAAAUCAUCAAAAAAAUCAAAAAUAAAAGAGACUCUAAAAUCAAUACUUGAUCAAUCGCCACAACCUACGUCUCGAUCAAUAAAUUCGAUCGAACAUUUAAGAUCUAAUGUCAAAAAUUCAAAAAUAAAAGAAACUUUAAAAUCAAUACUUGAUCAAUCGCCACAACCUACUUCUCAAUCAAUAAACCAAGUCGAACAUUUAAGGUCUAAUGUCAAAAAAUCAAAAAUAAAAGAAGCUUUAAAAUCAAUACUCGAUCAAUCACCACAACCUAAUUUUCAAUCAAUAAAGCCAAUUGAACAUUUGAGAUCUAAUGUCAAUGCUAGUGCCAAUUCUACAGAAAUUAUUCCCAAGACUAUUAUUAAUCACAUUCAAGUUACUGACACUAGCAUUAAACCUGUCAUCAAUGCUCCUUCUACCGUACCUGACACUAUUACAUCUACAUCUGCAAAAAAAUCAAUGAGAAUUAGAAGGAGAAUUGCAGCUACAACAAAUGCAAAGCAAAAAAUAAAAUCCUCAAGAAAAUCUAAAAAAUCUAUUGGUUUAUUUUCAAAAAUUAAAGGAUUUUUUGGAUUAUCAAAUUGA